UCAUAGCACUAGGUUCCCUACGCUUACUACUUCAUUGUUCCUCUUCGCUACAGUAGCAGCCCCUUCCUCGGUUGCGCCUCCGCUAGCCACCGCACCAAACCGGCACUCCCGUCCCCUAAAAUCUCAACCCAGCAUUGAGCUUCUGUUCAAUCAACCACACAAACACCAACCAAGAACACAAAGAGAAGAAGAAGAACAAUGCAAGACGGUGAGAUUGAUCAAACAACAACCACAUCGAAUGGAGAGAACAACUCGGAGUCGAAAUCGAAGAAGAAGUUGAAGAUGAAGAAGAAGCUGGAGAAGGAAACAGAGAAGGCUGAUAAGCGUGGCUUGUGCUACAUGAGUCGCAUCCCUCCUCACAUGGACCAUAUCAAGCUUCGCCACAUUCUCUCUCAAUUUGGUGAUAUUCAAAGAAUUUUUCUCGCUCCUCAAGAUUCUGCUUCUAAGAGGUCACACGGAUCCAGAGACCAAAUGUUUUCAGAAGGAUGGGUCGAAUUCACUGAUAAAAGAGUUGCUAAGAGGGUUGCCAAUAUGUUAAAUGGUGAACAGAUAGGAGGAAAGAAGAGGUCAUCUUUCUACUAUGACCUUUGGAAUAUUAAGUACUUAAGUAAGUACAAGUGGGAUGAUCUGUCCGACGAAACAGCCUUCAAGAAAGCUCAGCGCAAGGAAAAACUGGCAUUAGAACUUUCUGCUGCCAAGAGAGAAAGGGAUUCCUAUCUAUCCAAUGUUGAACGCUCACGUGCUUUGAGUGCUAUAGAGGAGCGACUGAAGAAGAAACAAAAGGUUCAACCAGACUCAGUACAAGUGACGAAAGUGAUUCGCCAUUUCUCUCAGACAAAGCCAAUAGCAGCUGCUGCUAAAACUAAAUCUGAACUCUCCGACGAUGUACUGGAUGCAGUAUUUGGCGGCUCAUAGUGCAUGUAUUGGUUAUACCUUCAACAUGGGGUCAUACUUUCUUGAUGUAUCUAUUAAUUUGUAAUGAUUUUUCUAGAAAUUAGUUUCCUUGUUGAUCCUUUAUUUUCAAAAUUAAAAGGGAUCUGCAUACGAAACAACUAAGAGGCAAUGGGGUUAGCGGAGUUGAAGUUUCUGAAUUGUGCAAGAUUUGGUUUUGAGUGAAACUUUUUGCCAGUUGCAAACAAAACCGUCCAAUUAUGAAUUGUAAUCUC